UUACUUAUGUCCAGCGUGCCAUAUUCCAUUGGAAGCCCCUCACGACCCGUCCCCAUGGGCGGCCCGACCCCCUAUUUGAGAAAAACUGCGGCAUAGUAUCAUCGUUUUAAGAAUUACGUGUUUUCACGGCUUUUACUUUGAAAGCUGCUCCUCAGUAGGAAAUGACUUAGAAGUGACGUUGUGCUUCCACUGGUCGAAGCUACAGAAAAAAUUACAAACACUAUUAUUGAUCCAAAAUCGAAGCGAGCGUCAGGUGAAUGGCGGCGGUGCUUUCUGCGGGGGCGCCGACUCACGUCAUGGAGAACGGACAGAGUAGCAGUACCAAGCUGGGUCUACCGCCACUGACGCCCAACCAGCAGGAGGCACUGCAGAAGGCCAAGAAAUAUGCCAUGGAACAGAGCAUCCGGAAUGUUCUGGUCAAACAAACACUGGCUCAGCAGCAGCAGCUCAGCAGUCUGCAGAUGGCCUCUCUCACCAUGGGUCUGGGUGAUGCUCUGUCUCCACUGCAGUCGGUCUCCUCCCAGCGUCAGCGGGCUCUGGCCAUUAUGUGUCGCGUCUAUGUGGGCUCCAUCUAUUACGAGCUGGGCGAGGACACCAUCAGACAGGCCUUUGCUCCAUUUGGACCAAUCAAGAGCAUUGACAUGUCCUUCGACUCUGUCACCAUGAAACACAAGGGUUUCGCCUUCGUGGAGUACGAGGUUCCUGAAGCUGCUCAGCUGGCUCUGGAACAGAUGAACUCAGUGGUUUUAGGAGGAAGAAACAUCAAGGUGGGUCGUCCCAGUAACAUUGGUCAGGCUCAGCCAAUCAUUGAUCAGCUGGCAGAAGAAGCUCGGGCCUUCAACAGAAUCUACGUGGCGUCUCUUCACGUGGAUCUUUCUGAUGACGACAUUCGCAGCGUCUUCGAAGCUUUUGGAAAAAUCAAGUCCUGUAUCUUAUCUCGAGAGCCGACAACAGGACGACACAGAGGAUACGGCUUCAUCGAAUAUGAGAAAGCCCAGUCAGCUCAGGACGCCGUGGCCUCCAUGAACCUGUUUGACCUUGGUGGUCAGUAUCUAAGGGUUGGAAAGGCUGUGACUCCUCCCAUUCCCCUCCUUACUCCUGCGCCCCCCCCUGGAGGGCUUCCUGCCGCUGCGGCCAUGGCUGCAGCCACUGCCAGCGCCAAGAUCACUGCUCAGGACGGAGUUGGAGUCUCCAUGCUGGGAGCUCUGACUGCUCCAGCCCUCCUGGCAGCUGGACUGCCUCAGGCUGUCAUGGCUGCCCAGGCUCCAGGGGUUAUCACAGGUGUGACACCGGCUCGACCCGGCCUCCCUCAGGUGGGUCUGGUGAACCCUGUGUUGGCAGCGCCCCCCCACCAGGCUGCAUCCGUGAGCUCUGAGGUGAAGGGGGGAGAGGAGGAGGCGGAGCUUAAGGAGGAAGCGCUGCAGGACGGAGGCACUGAGCCUCUGAGUGAACAGGAGCACAUGAGCAUCAGUGGCAGCAGUGCACGACACAUGGUGAUGAGGAAGCUGCUGCGACAGCAGGAGUCAUCAGUCAUGGUCUUGAGGAAUAUGGUCGGGCCUGACGACAUCGAUGACGACCUAGAGGGCGAGGUAACAGAGGAGUGUGGGAAGUUUGGUCAGGUCAAACGCGUCAUCAUCUACCAGGAGCGUCAGGGUGAGGAGGAUGAUGCUGACGUCAUUGUCAAGAUCUUUGUGGAGUUUGCAGAGGCAUCUGAGAUGAACCGGGCCAUCCAGGCUCUGGACCAGCGCUGGUUUGGAGGUCGUAAGGUCGAAGCCCAAAUGUACGACCAGGAACGCUUUGAGAGCAGCGACUUGUCAGCGUGAAAGACUGAUGUGCACACAUCACAUGCAGGACACAGGGCAGGCCUCGCCCCUCAGCUUGGAUCAGUUACUGGCUUUAAUGGAUCCCACUGAUGUGGUCUCGCCCGUUUGGUUUUUUACUUUGACUCAGAGAUGGACGUUUAUUUACAUACAGGUUAUGAAAGUUUCACGUCACUUUGAAGGUAAAGUCACUUUGGUGGAAGGGAACAGAAGGGAGGGGACAGAAAGGGAGGUGAUAGGGGGGCAGGGGGGGUCAGAGCAGUUUUUAGACCAUCAAACAAAGUGCUACUAUCCAGCUGCUUUUUCUGCCUGGAGGGACAGGAAACGAGGCCUUCUGAGACUCAAGCUUCUGGAAGCUGAAAACUCAGAGCCCAGCACAUGUGAAUAAAGGUUUCUUAGUAAACAGCUCUGUCUGAUGGGGUUGCAGUGGAUUGGCUGAAGGGUUUUUAAAAUAAAAGUUACAAAAC